AGAGUGUUUUUGUCAUGCACCCGGUUAUUAUUCACAGAGUCAAACGCUGUUCAACAGGUGGCUUUGUAGAGUGGUAGCGCAGCUGUGAUUUAGUUCUUCUUUUUCUAGCUAAAAUCUCACACCGCCAUCCUUGAAGAAUCGGAAUGGUAAACUUUUUAUGACACGUAAGUUUUAAAUACGUUUUGGUUUAAGUUGUUUUUUGAUUUUUUGAUUUGUCAGACAAACUCGCCGUAUUUGUAGCAUGUGGCAAUAAGCUGCACCUGCGUCUUGUUUGUUUGCCUUGAGUUCAUUUCGGCUGAUAGUUGACAUUCGACUAAAAACAAGCUUCCGUGGAAGAUCACAAUGAUGUACAGCAUGAUGGAGCACGAACUGAAGACCCAGCAGGGUCAGCAAAACCCUCACCCGAACGGCCAACUCAUGUCUCACGGUGGCUCCGGGAACGUGCCGCAGACAGCUCCGAAAAGCGCGUGUCCGCCGGGCGCAGACCCCAUGGACAAAGUGAAGAGGCCCAUGAACGCGUUUAUGGUAUGGUCCCGGGCUCAGAGGCGCAAGAUGGCCCAGGAGAACCCAAAGAUGCACAACUCAGAAAUCAGUAAGCGCCUGGGCGCCGAGUGGAAACUGCUGACUGACGCCGAGAAGCGGCCGUUCAUUGACGAGGCCAAGCGGCUGCGCGCCGCGCACAUGAAGGAGUACCCCGAUUACAAGUAUAAGCCUAGGCGCAAGAGCAAGCCACCGGUGAAGAAGGACAACUCUGCGGCUAAAUAUCCACCGCUGCCCGGCGGCAGCCUACUGGCUGCGGCGCAUGCGCAAAGUGGAAGUCCGCGCGUGGACAGUUACGGCUGGGCUCCGGCUGGAAGCUACGCGGCCGUGCAGGGAGACGCGCUCGCUUACCAACAGCAGCUGCACCGAUACGAGCUUCCGCUCCAAUACGCAGCGCCCAUGUCACAGACCUACAUGAACAGCGCCAACUCUUACAGCCCAAUGUCAUACAGCAGCAGUCCCCAGCAGCCCAGCCCUGUAAUGUCUAUGGUCAAGCCAGAGGCCUUCACUCACUCACCCACUGGAGCAACAAACCACCACCGUGGGGCAGUUCAAGGCGACCUUAGGGACAUGAUCAGCAUGUACAUCCCUGGGGGUGAUGUAGGGGACCCUACAGCACAGAGGGGUUACCCAAGUGUCCAGCAGCACUAUUUGGGCAGUACUGUGCCCCUGACACACAUUUGAAGUGGAGAAGGAAAAGGACUGGGACUAGCUCAGCUGGAUCACUACGUAGACUUGUAGUGCAACAAGUAAUCAGUAUGGAUUCUUUAUGGAUGUUGUGAGUACCUGUUGCACAUAGGAACAUUCUCUACCUCUUUGUGUGAUCUUGCCUUUUUUUUUUUUUUUUUUUUAAAUGUAGAUUUUCACCCUCUUCCCCAGCCCUCUCUUUUGUGUUUUUGUAUUUUAUUUUUCCUUUCUGCCCAGAAUUUCAAAAUUUAAUGCAACCUGGAGGUUCUUUCCACAAGAACAUAUAGAUGAGUGUGACGUCUUUUUGUAAUUGGCAUUUUGUGGCUGUUUUACAACUUUUGAAAAUUCUCAUUUUAUUGUAGGACAUUUCCCUUUGUACAUAUGAUCAAAAAUUUUAAAUCUGUGUCUUUGUGCUGUGCUUCAUUAAAUGGAAUUGGGGACGCUAAUGCAGGAAGAGGCAAUCAUGAUCAAAAACCAAAAUGGGGCUUAGAGGGUACAUAGGCACACUGAAAUCAUGUACAUUGCUGAUCACUAUAGUCAAUGAUGUGCAAAUCAUGUGACCUAUAGAGCAAGUGAGAGCUUUUUUUUUUUUUUUUUAAUUGUCCUUUUUGUUUGUGGGGGGUGAAGUACAGCUAAGUAAAUUUAAACAACUUGAGAAGGGGGGAAGAACAUCAUGGGGAAACAUGAUCAUUUUUGAAAGAUGGCAGUUUUUCGUUUUUUUUUUUCCUGCUUACUUUUUGAAGGACACAAAGUAACCUAUCAUGAUGGUUAUGGUAUUGCCAUGACACAUUUCUUUAAGAAUACCUUACUUUUCCACACCAUCUUUUUAACAGAGUAGGGUAUGCGUUAGUUGCACAAAUGAACCAUCAAAGUCAACAUAGGGAAAUAGUCUGCACAAAGAAAUCCUACAUUUCAGCAAUAACCUAUCCAAUGCAUUUACUUUUUAACAUGAGACUAGCACUAUUACAUUCCCCUUUAACUGCUGUUUUUCUUUUCUACACUAAUCUGAAUGCACUGUUUUUUACCCUUCUAUUAGUACCAAGUAUUGCCUUAGACCAAGACUCUCUGUACCAGUCUGUUUGUGUCCAUGUGGAGGGACUUUUACUACUUGGCUGUGAAAAUUGGAAAAAGGAGGGUGUAUCUUUUAAUUAAAACCUGUACAUCCUUUGGGUGCAUGAGGAGCCUGCUUAUUGCCUGUAUAAUGCCAGAUUUGCAUAAUUCAAAUGGCAAAAGUGGUAUGCAGGUGCUUCUAAGUGCAGUUAAAUUGGAAGAGUGUUGCCUUUUUUUGGGGUUAUUUGAUGGUCUAACUCGGUCAGUCUAGCAUUUUCCAUUUUUCGAAACAAGUUUUAGUGUAGGAAUCUAGUGGUCACUAAUGAGUUAAGAACUUUAAUGUAAUUUAUAUUAAAGUAAUGAAAUGAGUGAAUGUUUACAUUUGCCUUUCAGGUGAGUGUGCAACUUGCCGUUUCAGUGUAAUUUUAAAGUCAUUUUAAUACUGUCUGUAAAUAGCCUUUGUACAGUUUUUAUGGCCCUUAUAAGGGUCUUUUGCAUAAACAAAAAAAGUUAAAUAAAUUGUAAAAAAAAAAAAAAAA